AUGCCGCGGCUUGCGCUGCUCGCCCUAGCCGCCCUCGGCGCCCGCGCGAUGAUCGCCCGCCCGUCGGUGAAGGGCAACAACUUCGGGGGGGUCCAGGCGUCGGGCCUGAAUCAAAGCCAGGUGUCCGCCAAGGCGCAGGCGUGGAUCAAGAGCAAGGUCGCGUGGAUCCCCAUCAACACCAAGCCCCAGUUUCUGGGCGACACGACGCAGCAGACCGUGAUCGUGACCCAUGCCGGCAAGAACCACCAGGAGUACAUCGACAUGACCAUCAUGCUGGGCAGGGCCCUCGAGAAUCACGCGCCAGACGUUCCCAAGGUGGCCAUGAUCAUCGCGGGCAUGCGGCUGGAGUACCAGGUGCUGCUCCGCCAGGCUGGUUGGCACGUGCUGAAGGUCGACGACGUGGACCCGUGUAGCGACGGUAUCCAGCACUGCGACGACCGCUUUCAGUACCGCUGGAAGGACAGCUUCGAGAAGCUGAACAUCUUCCGCCUGCCCUUCGGGCGCGUCCUCUUCCUGGACGCGGACACCUACGUGUUCAACGAUGGGAUCAACUUACUGCUGAACUCCACGGUCGUCCCCGAUGGGCACGUCGCUAUGGCCCCCGACGGGUGCAAGACGAACCAGAGGACCGGCGAAACCGAGUACAACAG